GCAACAAGAGGAGUCACGGGAUCAGAUCCUGAUUUAUUAGAAAAUUUUGGAGCACGAAGAAAACUCUAUAAUUCUUGUAACUCAGAGCGAGGAGAUACGAGAGGGAGUAAACGAUGAAUGACUCCGAUGUAUCGAAGCAAAUCCAGCAGAUGGUCCGAUUCAUUCGGCAGGAGGCCGAGGAAAAAGCCAGCGAGAUUUCUCUCUCCGCUGAAGAGGAAUUCAACAUAGAAAAAUUGCAGCUUGUUGAAGCUGAAAAAAGGAAGAUUCGUCAAGAAUAUGAGCGUAAAGAAAAACAGGUUGACAUCCGCAGAAAAAUUGAGUACUCAAUGCAGCUAAAUGCAUCGCGUAUUAAAGUUCUCCAAGCUCAAGAUGAUUUGGUGAAUUCUAUGAAAGAAUCUGCUAGCAAGGAGCUUCUACGUGUUUCUGGCAAUACUGAGGCUUAUCGAAAACUUCUGAAAGACUUGAUUGUUCAGAGUUUGCUGCGACUGAAAGAGCCAUCUGUCUUGUUGCGCUGUAGAGAGAUGGAUACUAAACUGAUAAAAUCAAUUUUGGAUGCUGCAAAACAAGAAUAUGCAGAGAAAGCUAAAGUUCAUGCUCCUAAAAUUACUAUUGAUGACCACGUGUAUCUUCCACCGCCUCCAGCAGGUGAUAAGGGACAUGGUCUUUCUUGCUCUGGAGGUGUUGUGUUGGCUUCACAAGAUGGGAAAAUUGUAUGUGAGAACACACUGGAUGCCAGACUGGAGGUUGUUUUUAGGCAGAAAUUACCCGAGAUAAGGAAGCGCCUCUUUGGGAAGAUGGAUAAUUGAGUUGCACAGUCCUCUCGUUUCUUUUCUGCAAUAAGAAUUCUUCGAUAAUAAGAGAUCUCCAUUUCCUCCCCCUCAAGAGAUCCAUGGUCAUUUAUUCAUGUCCUGUAGAGCACUACCCAAACCAACUCUCUUGACCUUGAGAAUUGUCAUAAUUUUGUUGCGAGUCAUUUUUCUAUUCUUAAAAUGAUCAGGCAAAGAUCAAAAUAAAUAGAGGCACCACGGCUUUUUUUUCCCGCCUCAAUUACAAGGCUCCUUUUGUUGCUAGCAGGACUUAUUGUUCUGUGUAUGUGAAUAUUCUGCCACACAAAAUGCUAAUUAAUUUGUUGGAAAAAAAUUGUAUGACCUGACGCUAUGUUAAUUGUUCUCCUAAUACAGUUUAUAUUUGAGGAGAGCAGCUUUGCUGCUUCUAUUUCUUUUUUA